AUGGAGAUUGAACCGAAGUUCAAAAGAAUAUGUGUGUUUUGUGGAAGUAGUGCUGGUAAUAAAACCAGUUACAGAGAUGCUGCCAUCGAACUCGGAGCCGAACUGGUAUCAAGAAAUAUCGAUCUUGUCUAUGGCGGAGGGAGCAUAGGCUUAAUGGGUUUGAUUUCUCAAGCUGUUUACAAUGGAGGUCGCCAUGUCAUCGGGGUUAUCCCCAAGACACUAAUGCCAAAAGAGAUAACAGGAGAGACAGUGGGCGAAGUGAAGGCAGUAGCAGACAUGCACCAAAGGAAAGCUGAGAUGGCUAAGCACUCUGAUGCUUUUAUCGCUUUACCUGGUGGAUAUGGGACACUUGAAGAGCUUCUUGAAGUAAUCACUUGGGCACAGCUUGGAAUCCAUGAUAAACCAGUGGGAUUACUGAAUGUGGAAGGAUACUACAAUUCAUUGUUAUCAUUCAUAGACAAAGCAGUAGAGGAAGGUUUCAUUACACCAACUGCUCGUCAUAUCAUUGUUUCUGCUCCUUCUGCGAAAGACCUUGUCAAGAAACUUGAGGAAUAUGUACCAAGGCAUGAGAAGGUAGCCUCAAAGAAAAGCUGGGAGAUGGAGCAAAUAGGGCUGAGUCCCACUUGUGAAAUCUCAAGAUGAAAAGGAUAACCCAAUUGAAUGUUUUUCUUCUAAAUUGGGUUCCUUGUUGCUCCGAAAACACAAAUUGACUUUAUUUGUGUAGUUGAUUCUGCUGUUUAAUGUAUUUUAUUACGGAAAAUAAAAACAGAAAAUGUAUGUUUUGGUUUUUAAUUUCUGAUAUGCUCCUACGAACAUCUCAAUCUUCAAGAUUUAUUUUGUUGUGAAUGCUUAAACCC